AUGCAUGUGAAGGUAGACGAUGGAGAGUUUUGGAGAUGGCACAGACUGAGCCUGGCUGCCCGUAUCCCGGAACAGAGUGGGCUCCAUGAGUCCAUGAAGGAAAUGCAGAACUCCCGUUGUACCAAAAGUUUUCCCCUCAGGACCUCCCAGUGGAGCUCGAUGGGUGCUGCGGGCGCUACUGAGGGAGAUGUGGUACACGACAGAGAUGGUGGAAGGAAGAAAAGGAGAUUUUGGAGAAAGUUUUGGAGGAAAAGAUCUCAGGAUGAAAGAGAAGAGCACACAAUACACCAAAAUACAUCUUCGCCAUCAACCGCUGAUGCACUCGACCCUUCACCUCCACCAGCGGCUGAUAUUCACGAAGAGGAGGAUGAAAACAAAGAUGAGGGGAAGAAGAAGAAGAAGUUCUGGAAGAGGUUGUGGAGAAAAGGUCGCAGAGGAGCUCAAAGUGAGAGUGAAGAAGAGUCUGACAGAAGUCCUGAAGAUCAGAUUCAGCACAAUCUGGAAACUCCUGAACUCCUGAAUGAGGACGUGAAUGUGUUUUAUGAAAUCAACUCCUGUCAGUAUGAGAUAGGUGAACUGCUGAGUAAAGCAGGAAAUACAUCCGUGUAUGAAGCGACUCGUGUGAGCGACGGCCUUAAGGUGGCAGUGAAAAUUGUCUGGCCCGGCAGGUAUUCUGAUCGUAUUUGCAUACCCGGUCAUCCUAACCCCCUUCCACGAGAGAUCGGUCUUCAUAUCCUCGCCAAUGAAGGAGAAGAUGUUCCUGAGAUCAUCCGGCUGUUGGACUGGGAGGGCCGUGAUGACAAAUACAUCAUGCUCCUAGAGCAUCCUUCUCCCUGCAUGGACUUACGUGCAUUUAUUGAAUGCCAUGGAGGAGCCAUCACAGAGAAAUUAGAGAAGAGCAUCAUGCGGCAGGCGAUCGAGGCUGUUAUCCAAUGUUUCAUACGGGGAGUUUUCCACAUGGACAUCAAACUGGAAAACUUCCUGAUUAACACCGAAACAUUUCAUAUCAAACUCAUCGACUUUGGCGAUCUUUUAAAAAAAACAAGUUACAAAACAUAUAUGGGUAUGUUUUAUCACUUCAGACGAAUCCUUUACAUUAAUAUUGAGAUGUCAGGAUUCACAUAGUCUUAGACUCACUUUAAGUGUUGAUGCAACCGUAGAAAUCACAAGAAAUCUGUUUCAGGCACACAGAAGAACUGCUGCCCUGAGAUGCUGAAAACGGGCGAGUGUCAAGCAUUGCCGGCGACAGUCUGGCCACUCGGUCUAAUGUUGUACAGGACUCAGUUUCCUUACUGCGUGCAGUUCAUGUCCGGCAUCUUUUAGCGCUGGGACUGCUUCAUCUAUCAGUUUCAUUUCCAAAUCCAGCGGUAUAUCCACCGUUAAUAAAACAAUCAUCACCCAAAUGCAGUGAACAAACAAUCACAGCUCAACUUUGCGAACGUAGUGCUCUCUCUCUGCUGCACACAAGUGAAAGUGAUGUGUGCGCAUGCUCCUUGUCCCGUUCUCCUUAGUUGACGUUUGGGCAUGCCAUGUGCUUUUCCGGGAGAAUUGUCCAAUAAGGGACUAAGAAAAGUUGUUACACAAAUGGUGUAAAAACCCUGAAAGUUGUAAAUAAUUCAGACUCAGAAUACAUGAAACACCGUUGCAUCCCCCCUUUAAAAUGUAAAUCUUUACCAUGGACAUCAUCAUAUGUGCGCAGGCACAAAAAACACAAUACAAUAUAUCAAAUUUACCUUAGGAGAUGCUUAUUAUUAUUAUUUGCCUUUAUUUAACCAGGAGAUUAAAAAUGUAUUUUCCAGGAGUGUCCUGGCCAAGAAAGGCGGCCCAGUUAUACAAAUACGUGUAGGACAAAGAACAGUACUUCACAUUAAUAAAAUAUUACAGCAUUAGAAGCAUUUGCAAAUCAUCAAAUCAUUUUCUAUUGCACACAAAAGUGUUAAUAAUAAUAAAUGCCGUCAUUCGGUAAAUAUUUUAACGGGUUGCAAGUCUGGUCUAAAAUCUUUAUGGCUUUAAUAUAUUUUCCUGGAUCAUUCACACUGUUAUUAGUUGGUAUAAAUGAGCCUGCUAAUAUUUUACGAGGAAAUGUCCUAGCAUUAUGAGCGGUUGAUGCUGAUCGACGUAUAAUAAGUGCCGUCAUUUGGUUGUUAAUUAUAUAUUAAUGUUUUGGCACAUUAUCUUAAUGUAUGGUCAUACGGAUUUAAAGCGUAAAUGGUCUCUCUCUCUCUCCGUUUAUGUGUAUUUAAUACUGUACAUAGGUGCGUGUGGGAGAGGGGUGCGAAUUUCGAAUAAUUUUCGAAUAGUUUUCAUCGAU